CCUACGCAUCUGUCACAAGUUCGUUCUACCCAAGCACUUGAGCACGAUGCCUUCAGUCACACCCCUUAGCGCAAAUGCCAGCGGCAUAAUUGGGGGCCAUGCACACUCCCGACCCGAGAUUCAAGCACCCCUGACCUACGCAGGGGGCCUGGACCAAUUCGAGCAAGCAGACAUCACCCCUGUAAUUGGGCGCGAGGUAACUGGGCUUCAAAUUCGGGACCUGCUCAAGAGCGAAGAUGCGCUCAUUCGCGACGUCGCGGUCACCAUUUCCCAGCGCGGUGUCCUUUUCCUAAAGGAUCAGAAUGUCACCCCUACAGAAAUGCGGGAGUUUAUGCUGCGGCUUACGGCAUUGUCAGGGUGCCCGUCAUCAUCGGGACUCCAUGUGCAUCCCUUGACGGAAGAAGGUAGUGAGCUUGGAGAUCAGAUCAGCGUCAUUUCAAGCGAGAAACAGAAGAUGGGCGGUGGCCUCACCCAUCAGCUGAGCGACGUAUCACGGUUUGCAAGCGCUGGUUGGCAUAGUGAUAUAACCUUUGAAAAGGUCCCCUCAGACUACGCCAUGCUGAAGAUCCAUACCCUUCCAAAAACCGGAGGAGAUACGCUUUGGGCGUCGGGCUAUGAAAUCUACGACCGCCUUUCUGCCCCGAUGAAGAGCUUUCUGGAGGGUCUCACAGCCACGCACGAUGCCUCAUUCUUCCAUGACGAGGCAGCACGCCUAGGGAACCCGCUCCGUCAAGGGGAGAGGGGCUCACCCCUCAACAAGGGCGGAAACCUCACGGCGGUGCAUCCGGUGAUCCGGACGAACCCCGUCACCGGCUGGAAAUCGGUCUACGUCAACAAGGGCUUCACCAAGCGCAUAAACGGCGUAACCAAAGACGAGAGCGAUGUUUUGCUUCAGUAUCUCUUCAAUCUCGUGACGCAGAACCACGACGUGCAGGUAAGAUAUAGGUGGAGCAAGAACGACGUGGCGAUUUGGGACAACAGAUCCACGUUUCAUUGUGCGACGUACGACUACGAAGUCGCCCGGGCUGGUGACAGAGUCUGUAGUUUAGGAGAGGCACCGUACCUUGACCCCUCUAGCACUGGGCGACGAGAGGCUUUGGGCCUAUAGUGUUGCUGCAUACGCGAAGCGCUAGGACGAAGGCAGGCGCUGUAGCUUAAAAAAUGGAC